GGUAAAAUGAAAACUUGAGAAAGGCAGAAAAGACAGUUCCGGAAUUUGGACUGCAUUUUAGUCGAAGCCCUCGGUGGACUGGUAAAGAGCGAAGAAAUGGCGAUGGCGAGCUUGCGAUCUGGUUUCCUUCGAACCGCCCUUCGCGGUGGCUCUCGUUCCUCCGUUCCACCGAAGCGUGGCUUUGCUUCCUCCUCCCAUCACGACGAUGCUCAUGAAACGGCAAAGUGGGAGAAGAUAACAUAUCUUGGCAUUGCUACCUGCACUGUUUUAGCCAUUUAUAACCUAUCAAAGGGCCAUCAUCACGAUGAAGAGCCCCCUCCGUACCCAUAUUUGCACAUUCGCAACAAGGAAUUUCCAUGGGGUCCAGAUGGACUUUUCGAGAAGAAGCACCACUAGGGUAACUGAUAGCCUUAUGUCAUAUGUACGAAUUAGAUAAUUGUGGAUCUUUUCUUGGAUGUUAAUGUUGGCAAUUACUUCCUGCUUUCUGGAUUUUAAGAUCUGCAUAGCAAGUUGUACAAGGUUUCUUUUGGUCGUGUUGAAUAGGAAUUCAGAUGCAGAUUUUAUUUUUUUGUAUUUUGUUAUUACAAAAAUAGAAAUAGAGAAGCCUUUUUAUGAUAGGAUAAAUAAUUAAAGCUAAG